GUAUCAGUAGAAAAAUAUAUGGCUGUAUUAAAUCCGUUACAUUCCGGUGGAAAGUUGACAAAAAAAGUGCGGGUCAAUAUGACAAUCUGUAUUUGGAUGUUUGCAUUUCUAUUCAACUUACCAUACUUUUUCACUGCUAAAUUGGCUUAUUUUUUUUUCAGCAAAAAUUUUUCACGGCAUUGGGUAACAAUAUCAUUUGUAUUUUGGUAUUGCAUUCCGCUGAUAACAAUGGGAUAUAUUUAUGCCAAAAUUGGUAUGGUACUUUGGCAUAGCGCUAGCGGAAAUGUUGUUAUUAUAACUGAUGUUGAAAGUGAUGCUGAAAUACCGCAUUUACGUAGCGGCGUCUAUGGUCGUAAUUUUACCAGUCAAUCAGAUGCUACAGCUCGAAGAAGAACUGAAGCUAGCAUAAUUGGUAAUGUACGGAAAACUUCACGAAAUGAGACAGUGGAAACUCGACGAAAGGUUAUUCGAUUGUUGAUUGCAAUUGUUCUUUCAUUUGCAAUACUAACUCUUCCACAUCACAUUCGCUUAGUAUAUUUGGUAUGUUUAUUAUUCAAUCAGUAUCCGGUAAUUUGUAUAGCAUCAUUUUAUUUUUAUGUUCAACCAAUAACCUAUUUAUUGUUAUUCUUAUCCAGCUGUACAAAUCCAUUUUUAUAUGCUUUCUUUUCAAGUAAAUUUCGAUCAGCUACCUACGAUGUUUUAUGCAGGUAUAUCAGCCAACUUAUUAAAUUUUAG